GGCCCAGCGCGGCCUGACCGAGAGGCACCUCCGCUGCACCGCGGUCGGGGCUCUCCCCUCAUCUCCUCUCCUCUCCGCCUCGCCCGGGGCCGCCCGCCCGCCGCCAUGAAGCUCGUCAGGUUUCUAAUGAAGCUGAGCCAUGAGACUGUGACCAUUGAGCUGAAGAAUGGGACGCAGGUGCAUGGAACGAUCACAGGAGUGGAUGUCAGUAUGAACACACAUCUCAAAGCAGUGAAAAUGACACUGAAGAACAGAGAGCCCGUACAGCUGGAGACACUGAGUAUUAGAGGGAACAACAUCCGCUACUUCAUUCUGCCAGACAGUUUGCCUCUGGAUACUUUGCUAGUGGAUGUUGAACCAAAAGUCAAGUCCAAGAAAAGAGAAGCAGUUGCUGGCAGAGGCCGUGGCAGAGGCCGUGGCAGAGGCCGAGGUCGUGGAAGAGGAAGAGGAGGCCCAAGACGAUAACUUCUCAUCAUGCAACUCUUAUCAAAUUCUGGGCAAUUUCGACUAUUUUUUGUACAGGUCUUGUUUAUGGUAUCCAUUUUUAAUAAACUGAAAUGUGAAAA